AUGAGCCGGCCCGCCUCCCAGCCCCACCGGCGUCCGCAGCCAUGGGAGCCCAGCAGAGCGUCAAUGCCGGCAAAGCCAAGGUGGAUUUGCAGGUCGACCUCACCCACAUGCUCUGCGAGGCGCUCCUGCUGCCGCCCCUGAGCAGCUCCAGCGCCACCAUCUCGCAAAUCGUCGGAAGGAUCUCCCUCAAACACCCAAGCCUAUUUGGGAGGAGUGAGAAGUUGGACGUGAUUCUGGAUAAGGGUGUCAAUGACUCUAAUGUUGUUGUUGCCUUUAGACGCCCAAGGCCCGAAUGGUUAUCGCAGCAGUCGUUUGUCAUUCAGCACUCGAUGACACCAGAAAUUGCGGUGCAUGGUUUUCCGGCUGACAACUUCACACGGUCAGGGAGCAGAGGGGUGAAUCUAAGCCGGUUGUCGCUUGGGGUGGAGAUUAAUGAACCGACAACAUCAAAAUGGACUUCUGGAACCAGUGUUAAGUUUGAGCAUAUCCGUCCUGUUAAUAAUGAUGGGCGCUCAAUAGCUAGGGACCACGAAGGCUUUCCCCUAACAUGCAGUGGUAACCUCCAUGACAACAUGAUUAUCUUGAAGCAAGAGUCUGGUUAUGCGGAUGUUAAAGAUAAUAGCUUCUUAAGAGUUAAUUUUCAAAUGGAACAAGGAUUGCCACUUGUACCAAAAUCACUAACUUUUAACAGAGUUAAAUGUGCUGUUUCGAAAGGCAUUAAACUGGGGCCAACAUUUUUGGUUACUAGCUUGACAGGCGGUUCCAUUGUGGGCGACAUGGCACCGUAUCAAGCAUUUGCAAUAGGUGGACUUGGUAGCGUCCGGGGUUAUGGCGAGGGUGCAGUUGGUUCAGGAAGACUGUGCCUAAUUGGUAACUGCGAAUACACGGUUCCUUUGGCAAAGAAUCUCGAAGGUUCUCUUUUCAUGGACUGCGGUAGUGAUUUAGGAUCUGCUCGUCAUGUUCCUGGCAAUCCGGCUCUUCGGCAAGGGAAACCGGGAUUCGGUGUCGGGUUUGGAUACGGCGUCCACUUCAACACGGACAUAGGCCAAAUCCGAGUCGACUACGCCAUGAACGCCUUCAGUCGCAAGACCUUCUACUUCAGCAUCAACACUGGCGGUGCUGGCUCAUAGAUCAUCAAGAACAUACCUGACAUAGCAUAGAGUUACAAGCCAUGACAUGCGAGCACCUCUCCGCCAACAUGCCUCGGCGCAACUGUCCAAGGCAUCCGAGGGUUGUACAGUCGAGGUUGUUGUUAUCUUCUGCUGGAUGCUGAACGGACAGUUCAUGAGAAUGUGAGAUGACAUGUGCAGAGUGCAAAGCUGUGGCCUGCGGAGCUUUGGCUGAAGGUGCCCCAUACCGUCUUAUUCUUUGCUAGUGGGAUAAAAUGCAUCAUCAUCCAUCGGAGAUGCUCAAGCUGAUCGAGAAUAAUAUUUAUUUUUUAUUCUUUCUUUUUCUUGUAUAUUUUUCAUGAACUGUACAGCGUUAGGAGGAGCUGUCUGAUUUGCCGCCACAGUUUUCUGGCCCAAUGUUGUCGCAAUCAUCGGUAAUUUGACCUGCCUUGUGGUUGGGAUG